GAGACAGAGAGAGAGAGAGUACUAAUAACUACUGAAAAUAUUUUACUCCUCUAAAUAUUAAUGUAGGAGUAAAUAACUACCACUACUUACUACGUCGUACUAACUACGGAUACUACUAACUACUCCUACAGAGCGGUAAGACCUACAAAUAUCGAAACUCGACCUUCCUACUACUACUACUGGUGGAAUCCUAUGAAACUCUGAAGUUCGAUCGAAAAUGGGAAGCAGCAGAGGAGGAGGAGGGUGGGGAAGAAGGGUGAGGUCAUUGGUGGGAAACUCCAUGGGAGGUCUAAGCGGACGCGUCAACUUGGCCUCCUGGGCGGUGGCUGGAACCCUAGCUUACUUCCUCUGGAUUAAGCCCUCCCAACAACUCAAGAAAGACCAAGAGGAAAGGGCAGCGCUGGCUGCAGCUUCGGAUCCUUACCGUUACGUCGAGAAACGAAAACCCAUCCCUGAUCCUCAGGAUACUGGAUUGGUAUACGGUAACAAGAAUAGAAGCAAUAAAUCUCCAGAAUAAUUUGCAACAGCCCGCCCCCUCUCCCCCUCACCGUAAGUUAGUUAUUUUUCUUAGGUUUCGACCGGUGCCUCAUUUUCGGUUAUAUAUUUGCUGCUGCUACUUUUUACAAACUUUCAUAUGUACUACUAGUAUGUCCAUGCCUCCCAAACUUAUUUGCUGCCCGAUACCUUGUUUAUUUCACUGAAUAUGCAAUAAUAUCACCAAUUCUGACACUGUCAUGCUU